AUGACACCCGCAGACCCCAAACCACCAGGAAAGCGGAAAGCAGUCGAUGAUGCUAAUCCACUCGCACAGGCAGCAAAGAGGGCAAAGAGCCAGCCGAACGGCGCGUCCAAACGAAAGUACAUUGGUGAGGAACAGCCAGGUGGGCUUGUCAUUGUACGCGCGCCGAUAUCGCGUCCUUCAACUCCGCAGAACAAUUAUUCGUCCUCCCAGCCAUCGACCACAACUACGCGAGCACCAUCUCGUCUUCCCUCGUCUCUUUCGCAACAUAUUCCCUCGAGCUCCAUAGCUGGGCCGUCCAAACCACCAGCUAAGAGGUUCAAAGCUGACUCGUCACGCGCACCUACCAGUGCCAAACCACGCGAUGUACCAUCUUCGACGCGUGAGGAACCAGAAUUGGAUGAGGAUAUCAGGCAGAUGGAAUCUGAGACUGUUCAUCUUCGUCAACGAUCACGCGCCAAAGAUGCGAUUGACCCCUCAUUCAAAUUCCCCCCCUCUACACCUAAACACUCCUCCCGGCGAUACCCCUCUGAUGCUCUCCACACACUACCCGACAGCGAAACCCCACAAAUAGAGCGCAACAAAUUACUCCGCGAAGGGGUGCCCCUUCCCCCGCGUACCCCACAACAAACAAGGACACCCCAACACUCUCGACGAACAUCAAUGAGCGCGCGCGGCAAGCGUAUAAGCACAAGUUUUGAAAAUACUGGUGUCAUCGCUCAACCACAUGCUACCGUAUCUGAUUCGAGCUUCUAUAAACACAUCGACUGCGACCUUCCUGAUCCGCAACGCGCACGUCAGCUACUCGUUUGGUCGGCUGCUCGAGCUAUGACGAGAAUAUCUGAGGCAUUAACUUCUUCAAGUCCAAAGUCUCAGUCAAAAUCCAAAGCAUCAAGUAGCGGAAGUGGCAAAGAUCCACCUCCGCUUGAUGAGCGCAGAAAGCAAAUUAUGAAGACCGUGCAGGACGACUUCAUUCGCAUGCUUGCAGAGAAGAAGAUCGAUACGCCUGUUUAUGGCCAUGGUCCGGACGGGCUGGCUGGUGACGAGCGAAAUUUGAAGCCAAAUGAACAGAAUGUGAAAAAUAAAGAGCGGGAGAUCAAGUUUCGCGAGCAUAUCGAGCGCGCAGAAGCAGAAGCCGAUGCGUGGACUCAAGCAGACCACUUUUACAACUCUUAUAUCGCCAACUCCAAGGCGGAUCUGGAGAGACGACGUCAAGCUCUGCAGCCCCCUUCGUCUGCUAAAGCGAAAGGCAAACAACGAGCCGCUUCACAAGAGCCGCUGGAUGAUUGGGGGUGGCUGCUUCCUCGUGAGGACGAACUAUCGGACGCUUUCCGAGAGAAGAUUGAUCCCGAUCUCAUCAAACGCAUAAUGUCUGAUGUGAGAUCAGAUUCGGGGAAUAUCCUCGACGAACGAAUAGCGGGUGUCCACUUUAAGGUGGACAGUCUGUUCUCAUUCGUCAACUCCGCAGUUCAGACGACCAACGUAGCCGAGUCAGAACUGGACUAUCGUUUCUCUUUGCUGUCACUGGCGCUCUCGACUCGAUCGCGUUCCCUUCCUCCCUCAUCACAUAGUUCUUCCCUUUCGUCACAUCUACCUCUGAUACAGGGAGGCUUGAAUCAACAUCUACCUGAAGACCAACAAGAUCUUUUCCGUGCGCUAUCACGAGUAGAUAUGGACCGCCCGCCAGCCAAAGUUGGGGACGCUGCGUGGCGCGCUGUCCGAGAAGUGCAACGGGUAAAAGAAGGUGGCGGAUUCGUGGGCGAGCGGCGGCUGACAGGGUUGCCAUCUGGAGUUGGUGCAACACCACGCAAGAUUCCAGGAACGCCUCGGCGGAAGGAGCGAUGA